AUGUUAUCGUCGAUUAUACAUCAUUCACUUAAAUAUUUUAUUCUAUUAGAUUCUUUUGGUAUAUUAUCUUUUAAUCAUAUUGAUACUUUACUUCAAUAUAUACCAAAUGUUGAAAGAAUACGACUAAAUUUUAAAUGUGAUGUUCCAUUUAUUCGUCUUGCUCAAAUGAUUUCGAAUCGUUUAUCUUCUUUAUAUGAAUUUAAUUGUUAUAUUGAUAUUUUAUCUGAAGAUGAUGAUGAUGAUAUAAUCAAUCUUGAAAUUAUAAGACAAAUUCAUCCAUGUUUUCAUCAUAUUCAAUGUAAUAUAGAUGAUUUUGGAUGCCGAACAUAUAUAACAAAUUAA